UAUUGAUGUAGUAGUAGUAAUAAUAAUAGACAGUAAUAAAAAAUAAUAGUAAAACAUUGUCAAAUAUAAAGUUCAGCUAAAAGCCAUGCUUAAAAUAAAGAAUUUACAAAUAGAAUACUGAAUAUGAAACAAAUAUACAGUGUGGACACAGCAACAGUGCAAAUAUGAAGUGAGUUAUUUAAAGAUGCAUUGCACAACUUUUCUGGUGGGAGUUCCGUCACUUGCUUGUUUUCAUGGAGAUGAUUAGAACAGUGUUUCCCAAACUUUUUUUUGUGGGGAUCCAUAUUUUAAAAGUCACAAACCUUCGCGACCCAAGUCAAUAGACAUUAUUUGUGAAUCACAAAAUAAAAGUGAAUUUGAACAUUAUUGAACAUUAAUGAGGAUAUUUUAUUGUUGACUGAGUGAUCGUGUCUCUCUGAACAAUUAGUAUUACUCAAGUUAUAAACAAUGAAAAACAGAAAUUGAACCAGCAAUAAAAGGAUCCAUAAGUCGCCUAUUUGGACAUUAAAUGCAGCCCGUUUCUUUUUUUUUUUUCAAAAUUCAAUUGAACCACAGCAAUAUUGGAACAAAAUAAUCAAUAAAAUAAUUACAAAAAGAUUAGAAAUUAUACAAAACAUGUCAACAUUUUAACCAAUGUGCAGAUCGUGACAAGGCGACCCAACAAAAUCUCUCAGUUUCACCCAGUCUUUGGGAAACAAUGGUCUCUAGAAUGUUCCAUAGUAGAGAUUAAACCUGGAGACAUCUAUAGGCUAGAUUACAGGCCAGAUCUGUGGAGAGGCAAUCCUAUUCACAGAGAACUGUUGUAUUUUUGAGCAACAGAAACACCCGUAUAAAUAUGAAUAAAUGUUAGAUGGAUGUGAUUAAUGUCAUACCAUGGAACAUUCCAGGCAAAGCAAUAACAUCUCCAUGGAAACAAGCCAAAAAGUUACGCAAUGCACCUUUAAAGUGACCAGUGUCCAACAGCAGAAAUGAAGAAACUGCUCUCGUGGGAAGAUUCUGGUCCGAACGGUUAAUGCGAAAAACAAAAUAAGAGAUUACGAUUGUUUCUUUCUCCUUAUUUUCGACCUCAUCACUUCCUUAAACCCUCACACACACACACACGACAUGAGGAGAGGUUUUGACCUUCACGUUGUCCUCUCUUACACAAAGUCAAUUUACCUGAAGUGUACACAUGUGGGCUACCUCACUCCCCUUCUUUACAGGAAAUGCCCUGCCGAUUCCGUCCAAUCAGAGGAGAGGACACGAGAAGGAGGCUCGGUAUGAGGUCAUUGUGAUCUGUGUUACAAAGAAGAAUACUUUACACAGAACAGGUGGUGUUCGAAAUGGCUACACCAAAGGCAUGGACGGCUCUGCUCCGGGGGCAGGAGAAGGGGAGGGCGAGGGCGACGGCGAUGGAGGGGGCGGGGACACAGAGAAACAAUGGGGGUCCCCACAGGAGGAAGGGGGCGGAGACCAAUGGGACCCCGAGUUGGAUGGAGAUCCUGAAGGAGGACCGGACGGGAUGAGGAUGAAGAGGACAGAUACUUUACAUUCUACGACAAGUUCAACUGGAACACAGAGAAGGAAGGGCCAGACGCACAAGAAACAGGUCCAAGGCACAAACCAGGUGCAGAGAGCCCCCAGAGCCCUGUUCUGCCUCCGACUCAACAACCCCAUCAGACAGGCCGCUCUGCACAUCGUUGAGUGGAAACCGUUCGAUAUCUUCAUCCUGUUGGCCAUCUUUGCAAACUGUGUGGCUCUGGGAGUGUCCAAGCCUUUCCCCGAGGACGACUCAAACUCCACAAACCAUGACCUGGAGCAAGUGGAGUACGUCUUCCUCAUCAUCUUCACCAUAGAGACGUUCCUGAAGAUCUUGGCCUACGGUCUGGUCAUGCACCCGAGCUCCUACAUCAGGAACGGCUGGAAUCUGCUCGACUUUGUUAUCGUCAUCGUCGGACUGUUCAGUGUGGUUCUGGAGACCAUGACCCAUAAAUCUGGGGAGCAGACUCAUCACAUGCCGGGGAAACCAGGAGGACUCGACGUGAAGGCCCUCAGAGCCUUUAGAGUCCUGAGACCUCUGAGACUUGUAUCAGGUGUACCCAGUCUGCAGAUUGUGUUGAACUCCAUAAUGAAGGCCAUGGUCCCUCUGCUGCACAUCGCGCUUCUGGUUCUCUUUGUUAUUAUAAUCUACGCCAUCAUCGGACUGGAGCUGUUCAUCGGACGCAUGCACCGGACCUGCUACUACACCGCCACAGAUACAUUCGUGGAGGAUGAGCCCGUCCCCUGUGCGUUUGCCGGCCACGGGAGACAGUGUAUUGUGAACGGAUCUGAAUGCAGGGGAAAGUGGGAGGGGCCAAACGGAGGAAUAACAAAUUUCGACAAUUUCUUCUUCGCCAUGUUAACGGUGUUUCAGUGCAUCACAAUGGAGGGCUGGACGGAUGUGCUCUACUGGAUGAAUGAUGCCAUAGGUUUUGAAUUGCCCUGGGUGUACUUUGUCAGCUUGGUGAUUUUUGGAUCAUUCUUUGUCCUGAACCUGGUUUUGGGAGUCCUCAGUGGAGAGUUCAGUAAAGAAAGAGAGAAGGCCAAGGCUCGAGGAGACUUCCAGAAGCUGAGGGAGAAGCAGCAGAUGGAGGAGGACCUGUGUGGAUACAUGGACUGGAUAACACAGGCAGAAGAUAUGGACGAACUGGACGAAGAUGGAAAUCCACAUCCUUCUUUAGGCGACUUGUCUGAUAAGAAGAGAGGAAAGUUCGGAUGGUUCAGUCACUCCAAUGAGACUCACGCGAGUUUACCAGCGAGUGAAACGGGCUCAGAAAACACAGAGAACAUCGAUGAGGAGCAUUACAAUUGCUGUCAGGCCUGCUGCGCUCGUAUGAUGAAGAUCCCCUGCUGUCGUGUUUUCCGCCGCUGGAACCGCGUGUGCCGCAGAAACUGUCGCACGGCGGUGAAGUCCACCACCUUCUACUGGCUCGUUCUUCUUCUGGUUUUUCUGAACACUUCUCUGUCUGCUUCAGAGCACUAUGACCAACCAGAGUGGCUCACGCAAGUACAAGACAUUGCAAACAAAGUGCUGCUGUCCCUUUUCACUGUGGAGAUGCUGUUGAAGAUGUACAGUCUGGGUCUGGCUCAUUACUUCGUGGCCUUUUUUAAUCGCUUCGACUGUUUCGUGGUGUGUGGAGGGAUCAUGGAGACCAUCCUCGUGGAGCUGGAGAUCAUGCCCCCCCUUGGCAUCUCCGUGCUGCGCUGUGUCCGACUGCUGAGAAUAUUCAAGGUCACACGACACUGGACGGCCCUGUCAAACCUGGUGGCGUCUCUGUUGAACUCCAUGAAGUCCAUUGCUUCGCUGCUGCUGCUCCUCUUCCUUUUCCUCAUCAUAUUUGCUCUUCUCGGGAUGCAGUUGUUCGGAGGAAAGUUUAACUUUGACGAGACUCAAACUAAACGCAGCACUUUCGAUGCCUUUCCCCAGGCCCUGCUCACAUGCUUCCAGAUCCUGACAGGAGAAGACUGGAACGUGGUGAUGUACGAUGGGAUCAUGGCGUACGGAGGCCCAGUGUUCCCGGGAAUGAUCGUCUGUGUUUACUUUGUGAUUCUCUUCAUCUGCGGAAACUACAUCCUCCUGAAUGUAUUCUUGGCCAUUGCUGUAGAUAAUCUGGCUGGAGGAGACAGUGAAGACAAAAAGACAGAUAAGAAGAAGGAGGAAGGAGAGGAGGAGGAGGAGGAAGCCGCAGAGGGAGAGGUCAAAGUGGACAUUGAUGAAGAAACUGAGUAUGAGGAAGAAGAGGAGAUAGUUGAAGGAGAAGAUGACGGAGGAGUGCAGUUAAAAAUGACCGACCUGGCUCCGCCCAAAGAGAAGGUGGUCCCAAUCCCAGAGGGCAGCGCCUUCUUCUGCCUCAGCAAAACAAACCCAAUCCGAGUCGGCUGUCACACUCUGAUCCACCAUCACAUCUUCACCAACCUCAUCCUGGUCUUCAUCAUCCUCAGCAGUUGCUCCCUCGCUGCAGAAGACCCCAUCAGAGCGCAUUCUUUCAGGAACAAUAUCCUGGGUUAUGCUGACUAUGCCUUCACUUCCAUCUUUACUGUGGAGAUUCUUCUGAAGAUGACAGUCCACGGGGCGUUCCUGCACCAGGGCUCUUUCUGUAGAAACUGGUUUAAUCUGUUGGAUCUCCUGGUCGUCAGUGUCUCUUUGGUGUCUUUCUUCCUCCAUUCGAGCGCGAUCUCUGUUGUGAAGAUCUUGCGAGUUUUGAGAGUGCUCCGUCCUCUGAGAGCAAUCAACAGAGCAAAAGGAUUGAAGCACGUGGUCCAGUGUGUGUUUGUGGCCAUCAGGACCAUUGGAAACAUCAUGAUCGUCACGACUUUACUGCAGUUCAUGUUUGCCUGCAUCGGAGUCCAGCUCUUCAAGGGAAAAUUCUAUCGCUGCACAGAUGAGGCCAAACACACCCCAGAACAGUGCAAGGGUACAUUUGUCAUUUACAAAGAUGGAGACGUGAAUCAGCCGAUGGUCCGAGAACGAAUCUGGCACAACAGCGACUUUAACUUUGAUAACGUCCUGAUGGGGAUGAUGGCUCUCUUCACUGUGUCCACGUUUGAAGGCUGGCCUGCGCUGCUGUACAAGGCUAUCGACGCGAACGGCGAGAACGCGGGGCCCAUCUACAACUACAGAGUGGAAAUCUCCAUAUUCUUCAUCGUCUACAUCAUCAUCAUUGCCUUCUUCAUGAUGAACAUCUUUGUGGGUUUUGUCAUCAUCACAUUCAGAGAGCAAGGAGAGCAGGAGUACAAGAACUGUGAACUGGACAAGAAUCAGCGUCAGUGUGUGGAGUACGCCCUGAAAGCUCAGCCCCUCAAACUGUACAUACCCAAAAACCCGGUUCAGUACAAGUUCUGGUCCAUAAUCAACUCCACGGGCUUUGAAUACGUGAUGUUUGUUCUGAUCCUGCUCAACACUGUGACUCUGGCCGUGCAGCACUAUGAGCAGUCCAAGUCCUUCAGUUACAUCAUGGACAUUCUCAACAUGGUGUUCACUGGACUCUUCACUGUGGAGAUGGUGCUCAAACUUCUGGCUCUGAACCUAAGGCAUUACUUUGUUGAUGCCUGGAACUCAUUUGACGCUCUGAUCGUUGUGGGCAGCGUUGUGGACAUUGUGGUCACAGAAUUUAGUAGUGGAGAGGACAGCUCACGUGUGUCUAUAACAUUUUUCCGCCUGUUUCGUGUGAUGAGGUUGGUCAAACUGCUGAGUAAAGGAGAAGGCAUCCGGACACUUCUUUGGACCUUUGUCAAGUCUCUACAGGCUCUUCCAUACGUUGCUCUGCUCAUCGCUAUGAUCUUCUUCAUCUACGCUGUUAUCGGCAUGCAGACCUUUGGCAAAAUUGCGAUGCAGGACCACACUCAAAUCAAUAGAAACAACAACUUCCAGACAUUUCCUCAGGCUGUUCUGCUGCUCUUCAGGUGUGCCACAGGUGAGGCGUGGCAGGAGAUCAUGUUGGCCAGUUUACCAGGGAAACGCUGUGACCCUGAGUCAGACUACGAACCUGGAGAGGAGUUCAGCUGUGGGAGCAACUUCGCCAUUGUCUAUUUCAUCAGCUUCUUCAUGCUCUGCGCUUUUCUGAUCAUUAACCUGUUUGUGGCCGUCAUCAUGGAUAACUUUGACUAUCUGACACGUGACUGGUCGAUUCUGGGUCCACAUCAUCUGGACGAGUUCAAGAGGAUCUGGUCUGAGUACGAUCCAGAAGCCAAGGGCCGUAUUAAACACCUGGACGUAGUGGCUCUGCUCAGACGGAUCCAGCCUCCUCUGGGAUUUGGAAAACUCUGUCCUCACCGGGUCGCCUGCAAGCGUCUGGUGGCCAUGAACAUGCCUCUGAACGCUGAUGGGAUGGUCACAUUUAAUGCCACUCUCUUUGCCCUGGUGCGAACUGCCCUGAAAAUCAAGACUGAAGGAAACCCUGACAUUGAGAACGAGGAGCUGCGGGUCAUCAUCAAGAAGAUCUGGAAGAGAAUCAAACCUAAACUGUUAGAUGAGGUGAUUCCUCCACAAGAAGGGGAGGAGGUGACUGUCGGGAAGUUCUACGCUACGUUCCUCAUCCAGGAUUAUUUCAGAAAGUUCCGUAAGAGGAAGGAGAAAGGAGAUCUGAAUGGAGAGGCUGAGGAUGCCAACCCUUCUGCUGUGCAGUUGUGUAAGGCGGGACUGAAGACCCUGCAAGACCUUGGACCUGAGAUGCGCCUGGCUCUGACUGAAGAUAUGGAAGAAGAGGAGGAGGUCAUGAUGGAGGAAGAGGCCAGACUGAGUGUACACAGUGGAGACAGAAGAGGUUCUAUCCUCACUCCCACAGGUUCAGGGGGAGUGGUAGGAGAGAGCGCCGUUUCAAAUGGAGGAGGACUGAUCCACAGAGUCGGAUCUCUCACCAAAACGCCGACUGGCUCUGAGCACGAGGACCUGAGUCGCCAUGGAGACCGGCAAACUGUCAAUCACCAGAACCACCAGAACCUGCUCCGGAGGGGGUCUAAGAGCAACGGCGUGGAGCAGGUCCGCAGGGGAUCCUACAAUAAGAACAGGAGGGACUCGAGAGAUCGUCUGAGCAGAAAUGACUUGGAUCCGUACGGAGACCGAAUGUACAACCGAGAGGAGGACAGAGAGAGUAUCAUCUCCAGAGACAGAGACAGCCGUUAUCAGGAUGAGCCGCCAAUGUACCGAGAGCGUUACAAUGGACACUACAGAGAACGUCACUAUGACAACGGAUACAGAGACGGUCACCACGGAGACGGGUACGGUAAUUACAACGACGGGUUCAGCGACGGGAGGAGGACAACACGAAGGCGACUGCUCCCUGCCACACCCACAGGUCGGAAGCCGUCCUUCAACCUCCAGUGUCUGCGGCGCCAAGACAGUGAUGACCUGCCUCUCCCUGGGACCUACCACCCCACCUCACCCCCGAGGAGAUCCAGACCACCGGGCUCUUUCGGAAGCGCUGAUCCCCGCUCGGCGCCUUCCUCCUGGGCGAACCCAAACCCUCGGCGUGGGCGUCUGCUGUACGCUCCUCUGAUCCUGGUGGAGGAGCAGGAGGAGCACUGGGACAGAGGGCUGGACGGAGGCUCGGGACACAAACCUCCAGGUGUGAGUGUGACCGGAGCAGCUCCCAGUCCAACCUGGUACGGUGGCCCAGGAGGGACAUCAGCCCCUCCUCCGUACAGGGCCUACACAACUCUCAGGGUCCCCUCUCAGCUCUCACACUUCUCAGAGAAACGAGGAUCUGCCGACAGUCUGGUGGAAGCCGUCUUGAUCUCGGAGGGCCUGGGCCUUUAUGCUCGAGACCCUAAAUUUGUGGCAUUUGCAAAACGCGAGAUUGCCGACGCGUGUCACAUGACUGUAGACGAGAUGGAGUCCGCCGCCUCCGACCUGCUUGGUUCCCACGGUAACCACAGCCUCCUUGACAACACCGUGGCCACGACCCCUGACCUCGCCUCCGUGUACAGCGACGACGAGCCAAUCAGAGCCAGUCGCGAGGAGGACGAGCUCGCAGACGAAAUGAGCUGUGUGACAUCGUUCUGAGUAGAAAUGGACCAAUCAGAAGAGAGGAACAGUCAAACAGACCAAUCAGAAGACAGUGAGGUUUGAAAGGACCAAUCAGAAGAGAGAGACAUUCAGGUGGACCAAUCAGAGAAGAUGUCUGGUUUGAAUGGACCAAUCACAGAACAGGAAAAUUUAAGACAAAUGCACAGACUCUCAAAAGCGGUCCCAUUGAAAGAAAGACUUGAAAAUGGACAAAUCUAAGGACAGAUCGACAGAAAUGGUCCAGUUUUGAAAAUCACUAAAUUAGGGCCUUGAAAUAUGUGGAGUUUGGGGGAGUUUUGAAAAUGAGCAAUCUAAGUCUAUAUAUAGUGAUAGAAUGAGUAUGGGUUGUUUACAAGAAAGAGAUGUUGAAAAAGGUACAUUUAUUUCAAUAAACUAUGAGAUUUUUUAAAUGAAAGAUUUAUCACAAUGUACUAUAGACCCAGUGAUGUCUGUUAAUAUUAAACUGCAAACAAGAAGCGAAAAGAGCACAGAGCAUCUUCAGUGUUUCCCAUAGAUUUUGUUAAGACUAUGGCAGCUCAAAUUAUUUUUAUUUGAGUAAUUUCAUCUCAUUUCAUUUGUAGAGUAAAAGAUGACACUUACUGUAUACAUAUAUAUUUAAUCUUUUCAUGACUAGUGUAAUCUCUUAUUUAAGUGCCUAUGACAGGUUGGACUACUCAUUUUACUAAAAAAAAAAAAAAGUUAAGGUCAUUAUAUUUAAGCUUUACCUAAAAAUGUGAUAAUUCUUUUCCCAUUUGGGUUUACAUCAUGGUUGGAAAUUAAUCACCAUGUUAUACAGUGGUCUAAAACUCUUUAAUGUACACAGAAUUCAUUUUUAACAAAUAAAAAUAGAAGAAAACACCAUUAUUUUGUUGAUAUAAUGUCUAAAAUAUCAGAUUUUUUGUCUUUUGUGUAGAUUGUGAUAAACUUUUAGACAGAAUUCUCCCUAGUGUGAUGUCUUUACUUUCUUUAAUUUUCAACAUAUUUUUCAACUUUUCUUUACAAAUUGCUUCUUAAUUUGUGUAAAACUAUAAUUUAUAUUUACACCAAAAUUAAAACUUAGAGAAUCAUCAAAACCUGUCAUAUGCACUUUAAGUUUAUGAUAAUACAAUGGGCACCGUCUGAUUUUGUUAUGACAAUAUACAGUGGUGGAAGGUAAUGAAGUACAAAAGUAAAAGUACAUUUUUAGGUAUCUGUACUUUACUUAAGUACAUUUUACAGUGGAUACUUUUUACUUUUACUUCACUACAUCUAUCUGUGCUUUCUACUCCACUACAUUUUAGAAUUGGACUGAAAAAGUAAAAGUGGUGUGAGACCUGCUGAAAUGGCUGAAAUGUAUUUUUAGAACAUUUCAUUUGAGUUUCUGUCCCAACUCUGAGCAAUACAAUACACAAAACCAGCUACAGAACUUAAGAAGCCACUUGAAUUUCUUUAAAUCAGCUAAAGUCUCUCUACAUUUCAUCCUUUAAUUGUUCUAAAAAUCUCUGCAAAAUACUUUUACUUCUUACUCUUUAAGUACAUUUUUAAACAGGUACUUUAAUACUUUUAUUUAAGUAGAUUUUUUCCUGAGAUACUUUUACUCGAGUAGCUUUUUGCCCCUGUAUCUGUACUUUUACCACCACCACUGGCAGUAUAUAGUGUAGUUUAUAUUAGACUACAGGGGGGCCACCAUAGUCUGCUGUAUUAAUGGGAAACACUGGCAUCUUAUUUGUUUACGUUGUGCAGAUGAACCUAAGUGACUUUUUAAAGCUGGAUUAAAACUUUGAACAUUCCAGCUUUUUAUGAAUUUAUAAAGUUUAACACGUGCACUAUGUAACUUUUUGGCUGGGGGUCCGUUAUCUGUUUUUUUCUAUGGAUAUCGCAUCGCUCUGUCUAGAAUGUUCCACAGUAUGAUUAAACAGCUUUACCUUACAUUUAUUCAAUUACAGAUUGUUUUACUGCUUAAAAAUACCUAGAAAAACAGGCAUUCUGACUGAGUGGGGUCGCCUCUCCCCAGAUCUGACCUGUAACUUGGUCCAGUUUGGUCGCCAUGAAGAUAGAAAGGCUUAAUGCCACACUGUGAAACAUUCCAGACAAAGCAAUAAUAUCUCCAAGGAGAAAAGCAUUUGAUUUGACGGACCCUCCACCAGAAAAGUUACACAUUGCACCUUUAAGAAGUAAAUGUAAAAUAACACACCACCUAUUUUUCUGUCUGUACUUCUCACAUAUCCAGUCUGUGAUAUUGUUUUUUUAAGAAUAUUUUCUAUAUUUCAUUUAUGUUUAUUAAUGUUUUUCAUGUCCCUGUGUCUCUGUUGUUUUAAGAGAAUCCUUCAGGUUUAAAUUAAGGGCUCUUUCAAAACUUGUUCCAACCCUUUACCUCAAAUAAAACCUACGUCAACACAG